CGCAGCUGACGCCGCCGGGCUGCAGCCGAGCCGCCGGGAUGCUCAGGGCUCCCGAGCCGCGGCCGAGGGAGGCGGGGGCGGCCACCCAGUCCAAGCCGCUCACCUCCUUCCUCAUCCAGGACAUUCUGCGGGACGCCGCGGAGAGGCGCGGCGGCCACACGAGCAGCCCGCAGCCCCCGCGCCAGCCGGACCCGCGGCGAGACCAGGAGCCGGAGCCCGGGCGAGGAAGAGGCGGCGCUGGGGCGCCCGAGGACGAGUGGAGCGCCCGGCCCGGCACCGGGCAGGAGGCCGACGCGCCGGCGGAGAGCGAGCCAGAUAGACACUUUGAGACUUAUCUGAUGGACUGUGAAAACAGUGCAGGCUCCUUACCAAGCCUUCCGCAAACCUCGAAACAGCCACAGAAGCGCUCCCGUGCUGCCUUCUCCCACACUCAGGUCAUUGAGUUAGAGAGGAAGUUCAGCCACCAGAAGUAUCUGUCAGCCCCUGAAAGGGCUCACCUGGCCAAGAACCUCAAGCUCACUGAGACCCAAGUGAAAAUAUGGUUCCAGAACAGACGCUAUAAGACCAAGCGAAAGCAGCUCACCUCGGACCUGGGAGACCUGGAGAAGCACUCCUCCCUGCCGGCUCUGAAAGAGGAGGGAUUGUCCCAGGCCUCUCUCAUCUCCAUGCAUAACAGCUACCCUUACUACCCCUACCUGUACUGCUUGGGAGGCUGGAACCCACCUUUCUGGUAG